AAAUGUAUUUACGAAAUGUCAACUUUGGCAAAGAGGACGUGAAUUUUGUAUCAGAUAUCAGUCCAGUAUAUUUCUGUGUUAUUUUUAAUUAAACGCACUAAAAUGGAUUUGUACGAUGAUAUUGAUACAAAACCUCGAGCUAGCCAAAUCGAUGGUUGGUCAUCAGGUAUUAAAAUGCUUCAAACACAGUUGGCAAUUAAGAAAGCACAGGGACCAAAAGAGCCGCCUAAGAAACCGUUAAUGACACCAGUUGUAAAUUUGCGUGCUAAAAAGGCUGCAGCUGAAGCGGAAUCUAUCAAUGUGCCGAAAAUAGAUGCACCAAUAAUGACUCCCAAGACAGUUAUUACAGCCAAACCAUUGGAACCAGUAAUACAAAGUGUCAAAUCGGACGAUUGUUGGGAUUUUGUUGAUGAAUAUGAUCCAAUGUGGCCGAACGAGUAUGAAAAGUUAAAGGAUAAAAAUCAAAAUAAAGAAAAGGAGCAUAAAAGUGGGAGCGGGGGUGGAGGUGGUGGUAGAGGCAGCGAAAGGAAGCGAGGGCGCGGUCGAAACAGUACACGCGAUUCAUCACCACCAGUUAAAUUUUCUGGCUUUGGACAACGUCAAUCUGAGGAAGAAAAUUAUAGCCCGCCUCCACAAGGUUCAGUGGCAAGUAAAGGUGGUGCUGCAAUUGCGCCACCACCUUCUCUUCAAGAGAUUUCCAUAAAUAAUGAAAAUGGUGACGGAUCAUCAAAUGUAACCAUACCCUACUCCGCAAGCUCCGUCGCUGCAAAGAUUAUGGCAAAGUACGGUUUUAAAGAUGGUCAGGGGUUGGGCAAACAGGAGCAGGGUAUGUCCAUGGCCUUACAGGUGGAGAAGACUUCAAAGCGUGGUGGUCGCAUAAUACAUGAAAAAGAUGUAUUUUUGCCGCCACCACCAGCACCUAACAGUCCACCUGUAAGCAUGGCCCCACCGGCGGCGCCAGCACCAGCAACACCGGGUCUAACGCUAGCGCAAGCUGUUGCCGAAGUACCAGCAACCGAACCUAGCAUCACAGAAAUAAUGAAAGAACCCAGUAAAGUGGUUUUAUUAAGGAAUAUGGUGGGUCCAGGAGAUGUAGACGAAGAUUUAGAACCUGAGGUGAAAGAUGAAUGCAACACCAAAUACGGCGAAGUAGCAAGUGUUAUAAUACACGAGGCUUUCGGCACAACACCUGAAGAAGCUGUUAAAAUAUUUGUGGAGUUUAAACGCAUUGAAAGUGCUAUUAAAGCGGUUGUUGAUUUGAAUGGACGUUUCUUCGGUGGACGUCAAGUGCGUGCUGGUUUUUACAAUUUUGAUAAAUUCAAAAGUUUUCAAUUACAUUAAAAUGAUUAGUUUUAUUUAUUAGCAUUUAAUCGUAAAGAUCUUUAACAAAUAUUUUUACUUAAAUGAAAUAACUAUUAACAUAUUUAAUACUGA